CAGAGUUUUUAUUAUUAUUAUUUUUCCGGAAUUGAGUAAUGUUGCCUUUUAGUUAGAAAUGUUCGUGUUUGUAGCUACGUUGUGUUUGCAAAGCUAACAUAAUCGAGGCUAACUACUGAAGUUUCUUGAAUUGAACUUGAAGAUACAAGCUGACAAUGAUUAUCUAGGUUGACGAACGCCAGACUUAGUCUAUUGGGAAAGUGUCAGCGCACAGGAGCCAUGACCUCUGCUAUUACCAGGAAAGCGUUCUCCACGGACUCCCCAGAACAAAUCGGCAGAUAUCCCAUUCCGUACAAGAAGGACCUUCCCUACGAUAUUGUAGAGCUAAUGGAAGAGGUGGAAACCAAGGGUGGGUUUUUGCCCAACGUGUUCAAGGUACUUGCACAUCGGCCAUCAGAGUUUCGAGCAUUUUUCGCCUAUUACAAUGCCUUGAUGAACAAGGAGACAGGAAAACUGACGAAAGCAGACCGGGAGCUCAUUGUGGUGGCAACCAGCAUCCAUAACCGCUGCUUGUACUGCGUGGUUUCACACAGCGCCUUGCACCGCAUCUACUCCAAGAACCCCACGCUGGCCGACCAGGUGACGGUGAACUACCAGAACGCGGAGCUGAGCCCCAGAGAGCGGGCCAUGCUGGACUUCGCCCUGGCCGUUUGCCGCAGCGACGCCAUCGAGGACAGACACUUCCUGGAGCUGGAGGUGCACGGCUUCGACCGGGAGGACGCCUGGGACAUCGCCGCCGUGGCCUCCUUCUUCGCCAUGUCCAACCGCAUGGCGCACGUCACGGACAUGCGCCCCAACACCGAGUUCUACAGCCUGGGCCGCGUGCCCAGGGACAAGGGCAAGGACGGGGGCAAGGAGGGCGGCCAGAGCAAGAGCGACUGAUCUUACGGUCUGAGGACCGGGCGACCCCUCCGGUUCUCAUACGACCCGCGCACCCUUCCUGCUACGUUUAUGAGCCUCACCUUUUCAGUCCCCAGCCCUAUAUCAAGUGUAUCCCCAGAGGUUUUGGCUUUGGUGGAGAAAGUAGAGAAAAUUUAGUAGGGUUUUAGGGGCUCAAAACAAUAGUAUCGCAGUCAUUUUGAUUGGUUGAAACAGCAUAAGUUUGAGAGUGCCAUAUGGCACAGUAGUUACGCUUAAGUCUUGGGACUGAAAGGGUCACAGAGGAAUGUUUUCUGCAAGAUGAUCAGUACUUCACUCAUAUAAUUUAACAUGACGUAGUGUCUAUUUCAUGCAAGCUUUUUUAAGCAUUCAAAUGUUUCACCAAGCUGCUAUACAGUAAAUCAUUUGUAACUCAACAACUGAUAAAAUUGUCUUAACAUGCCAGACAUUACACAUUUAGUCUCAUCCUGCUUUAUUAACUGAAAAUAGCUCCACAAUGAAUGAAGUUGUAUUCAUUCCACUUGUGAAGUCUAUUUUAAAGACUGUUGAGAAAGUGUUCAAAUGAGUAUGCGUAGAGCAUCUUGCUAAUUAAUGAUUUAUUAACCCAUUAUGGACUAAGGUGCCCUAUAGAAAACACAUAGAAAGGCAUGGUAACGGUCAUGUGUCUUGAAAGACGGUCAUAAGAUCAAAUAACGCUUACAUCGCAUCCGUCUGUUAAGGGAGAGGUAACGUGCAGGUUGCAUCAGCCCAUAAGGGGUUAAUUGUCAUUGUCAAACACUGUUGAAAGUUUUUCUUUUUUUUUCUUUCUUCGUUUCUUUUUUUUACUUUGGAUGUAAUGCAUUUUAGCAUACAUUUCCCUCCAAAAGUAUUGGAACAGCAAGGUCAAUUAAUUUGUCUUUGCUAUACACUGAAUUUGAGUUUGAGGUCAAAAGAUGUACAUGACACUGAAAGUUGUGUACAACUUGUAUACUCAAUAGUAGAAGUAAGCCCUUUUGGUCAUGACCCAUGUCUGGAAAAUAAUGGAACUGUAUUCUUGUGUCCACUAGAGGGCCAUAUUUCCUAACUUUUUCCUUCACCAAAAAUGGAAUAUUGAGGUAAUUUUAUGUUCCAUGUAUAUUGACACACAAUCACAUGUACACACAGCUAAUCAAGCUGUUUGACUCCCAAAGACCAUAAGUUGUAAAUAGUGAUCAUCUGAAUUUGUACCAAUAAAUUCACUUGCAGCAUCAAAUACACCAUCGGUAUAUUUGGAUGUCAAAACAGAUGCAUAAAAGGAAACACGCAUUAUACCCACAAUAUAAUGGAUUCCACCAAGUAUCAGGCAAUUUUGGCUGAUAAUCUGCUUGCCUCUAUCACAAGGCUGAGACUUUCUGAGACAAGGAUGUAGGUGAACUUUCCAGCAAGACUAUGACCCAAAUACCUCAAAAUCCUCACAGAAAUGGUUCCCUGACAACAAAAUCUAUGUUCUGCAGUGGCCAUCUCUUGACAGUGGACCUCUUUAUUAGGAAUUAAUACUAAUAGUGGGUAGGGCCUCCCUUUGCUCUCUAAACAGCCUCAAUUGUUGGUGGCAUGGAUUCCACAAGAUGUUGAAAACAUUCCUUUGAGAUUCUGUUCCAUGUUGACAUGAUUGCAUCACACCAUUUCUGCAGAUUUGUCAGCUGCACAUUCAUGCUGCAAAUCUCUCGUUCUACCACAUCCCACAGGUUUUCUAUUGGAUUCAGAUCUGGUGACUGGGAAGGCUACUGAAGAAUAUUGAACUCAUUGUCAUGUUCAUGAGACCAGUUUGUGACAUGGUGCAUUACCAUGCUGGAAGCAGCCAUUAAAAGAUGGGUACAUUGUGGCCAUGAAGGGAUGCACAUGCUCAGCAACAGUACUCAAAUAGGCUGUGAAAUUCAAGUGAUGAUUGAUUGCUAUUAACAGGCUUAAAGUGUGCCAAAGUGUCCUACUUCUGCUCACCUCAAUUGUACAGAGUGGUUAUCUGAGUCCUAGUCUUUCUGUCAGUUCGAACCAUGGCCAUUCUCCGUUGACCUCUCUCAUCAACAAGGCGUUUCUGUCUGCAGAACUGCCACUCGCUGGAUGUUUUUUGUUUUUCACACCUUUCUGAGUAAAAUCUAGAAACUGUUGUGCGUGAAAAUCCCAGGAGAUCAGCAGUUAUUUUAUGCAUGAUUUUAUGCAUUGCACUGCUGCCACACAAUUUGUAGAUUUGAUAAUCACAUGGAUAAGUAAGUGUACAGGUGUUUGUUAUAAAGUGUUCUGUGAGUGUAUAUAA